AUGGCGAGAAGACAUGGAUGGCAACUUCCAGCUCACACAUUUCAGGUUGUUGCUAUAACUGUAUUCUUCUUGCUAACUAUCGGAUACUAUGCCUUCUUUGCUCCGUUCCUCGGGAAGAAACUCUAUGAAUAUGUUGCCGUUGGUGUUUACUCUUUCUUGGCGUUUUCGGUUCUGGUUCUGUACAUCCGAUGCACUGGUAUCGAUCCUGCAGAUCCUGGAAUCUUUGUAGAGGCUGUUAACACUCCAGCACACAAGUCACAGACCAGUAGCUAUGUCCCUGAGAAUGUGCCAUAUACUAGACACGGCUCAGGUUGCUGUAAUGCAGUAGGAAGAUUCGUUUGUGGGUUUUUAGUAAUACAAGAUUGCCGUAGAGAUACUCAACAAGACCAGUCGUGCGAACAAGAAGAAGCUCUGUUCUGCUCACUGUGCAGAGCUGAGGUACGUGAAUUUAGCAAGCAUUGUCGAAGUUGUGGCAAGUGUAUCGAUGGGUUUGAUCAUCAUUGCCGGUGGUUGAAUAACUGCGUGGGGCAGAAAAACUACAUCAGCUUUGUGUGUCUUAUGGCGGCAAGCUUUUUCUGGCUUUUAGUUGAGUUCGGAGUUGGUGUUGCUGUAUUUGUUCGAUGUUUUGUGGAGCAAAACGCGAUGGAACAUCUUAUAACCGAAAAGCUUGGACUUGGAUUCUCCCGUCCUCCAUUUGCUGCUAUUGUGGCUGUUUGUACAACUCUCUCGUUUCUGGCUAUUGUACCACUUGGGGAACUUUUCUUUUUCCACAUAAUCUUGAUCCGAAAGGGAAUCACAACAUAUGAUUAUGUUGUUGCCGUGAGAGCGCAGACCGAACCACCUGGACCGUCUAUAGAUGGGCAAGACCCACAUAGCCAGCCACUUUCACCUGCAAGCUCAGCUGUGACAGCCGCGAGUGGAAGAAGCUCUCUUGGAUUGAGCAUUCAAUACCGUGGUGCCUCCUUGUGCACACCUCCAAACAUAUUCAUGGAUCAACAGGACGAUGUUAUCCAGCAUUUAGAGCCUGGACCUGUACGAUCCACCAUUGAUCCAGACACGCUCACACAGAAGAACCAACCUCAGCGUCAACAAGUAAGGAUCAAUCCAUGGAAGCUAGCGAAACUCGACUCAAACGAAGCAUCUAAAGCAGCUGCAAAAGCACGCGCAUCCUCGUCAGUGCUUCUUCCAGUAAGUUCCAGGCACAACCUUUACAAAACAAGCAGCAACGCAAGCGGAAGAAGCAGCCCAGCAAGCAGCCAUCACACCAAGAACACUUGUAGCCUUAGUCCAGCUUUGACAAGAGAUCACUUCAACCCAAUGUACAUGUCAUCAUCAGCUAACGAGUCACCAUUGAACGAGGAAGAAAGUAGGAAUGUUGUUGUUGCUGCAUCUAGAAGAAACUUGCCCACAAGCGAUGAGAGUUCAGUAGUUUGGGAUCAAGAAGCUGGCCGGUUUGUAUCGUCGUCUGGGAUUCCCGGAACAGAACUAGGUGGUCCUCUUGCUGCUAACGAACGUCUCAGCAGCGUAACUUCUUCUGGGAGUGAAGGUAGCAGAAGGGUUAGAGGAAACCCUUUAAUUGGUCAUUUCCAGCAAGUUAGAUCACAGAGAGGAGGCCAACUUCCAGUCUUUAUGCCUACUGAUUCUCAACUUCAUAGACAUUUAUCUACUAGAUUCCAGUAG